AUGCAACCGUUUAUUUGUGAAUAUGGUGACAAUCCUAUCUCGCAGCAAGACUACCAGGCGCCUAUCAUGGAACUAACAACAGCCCCAACUAACAAGCCUACGCGCUUCUCACUACAGAACCGUCGACUGAGAAGCUCAUCCUCAGUCGGAAUUGCAUCCUCUUCACGCUUCCGGCUAGCAAGAGAAGACCCCAUACUAUCUUGUGGUAUCAAUACUCUAACAAGCUUAUAUCAUCGUACCACACCUAGCCGUACACACGUCAAGCCGCAUCUAAGCUCAACUUCCUACCAGUCUACCUUAUCAUGGUCUCCACCAGGAACCUUAGAAGCAACAAAACACUCUACCAAAACCCUUAUCGAAUCUUCUCUACAAGAAUCUUUACAAUAUUCUAUCUCUGGAUACUCGUCACACUCAGCCUCUUACCAUCCACAGAACAUCAAGGUUAAUAAGCCUAAUGAUCAAGCCUCUCGAUGGUCAUCAAGUGCACAUGAUCAAUCUCAAUAUAUUACCCUACGUCUGGAAAAACCUGCAGUGUUGCGAUCCAUUCUAUUUGGAAAAUUUCAUCGAGAUCAUGUUUGCAACCUAAAAGAAUUUAAGAUAUUCGGAGGAUUGGAUCCCAACGAUCUGACAGAAUUAUUACACCACAAGCUCAAGAAUGAUGCUGUACCAGAAACAUUCGAGCUUCGAUAUUCACAUGAUGAAUUGGUAUUUCCUGUCCAGUACAUCAAAAUAGCCCCACUUUCAACAUUUGGAACAAAUUUCAACUACAGUAUAUGGUAUAUCGAACUCAAUGGCGUACAAGAAGAAUCAAUUGUGUCAAGAAUCAGAAAAGAAUUCGAAAAUUAUAAAGAGACAGAGACCAUUAGACUUUGUUUGAAGCAUCUGAGACAGCGUAACCUGAUGGACGUAUUUCAUGUCCUCAAAAGUCGAACCAAUGUCGAAUUGGAGCAUCCACUUUUGUCAGAGUUACAUCAAUAUCUGGUCCAAGAUGGAAACUUUGAGGCAGCAGAACAAAUAUUAAUUCAAGCCAAUUCGAGUAAUAUUUUUGAGCUCUUUUCUACUCACGCAGACUACAGACCAACUUGGAAGAGAAUAAAUGUAACAAACCAAGAAAAAAAUAUUCCUUGUCCAAGAGGUGGACAUCAGAUGUGCAUUGACGAAAAGGAGGGGAAGAUAUAUUUACUCGGGGGAUGGAGUGGAAAAUGUGAUAUGUCUGAUUUCUGGUACUACAACAUAAGAGAAAACAGAUGGCAUUUGUUGAGUUUCAAUACAAAAAGGGAUGGGGGUCCAGGUCCUCGGUCUUGUCACAAAAUCUGCUUUGAUCCGGUCACAAAAUCCAUAUUUGUUCUUGGCCAGUACUCUGAAGGACAGCAGGAGUCUGCCGAUAGUAAUAUUAAGCCAGACUUUUAUCGUUAUUUCAUCGACUUUAAUUUGUGGAAAAAGAUUAGCACUGACACAUCGAAGGAAGGUGGUCCUGAUUUGGUUUAUGAUCAACAAAUGUGCAUUAACUCCAUGGCCGGUGUACUAUACGUAUUCGGUGGAAGAGCAACCUCUAUCGAUUCAAUUUCACACCAUUACAGCGGAUUGUUUUCGUACGAAAUAACAGCUAAUAAAUGGACACUAUUAAGACGUGACAACGACACAAUGUCCCCGUUGUCUGCUGAGAGACUACCACAGUCUCACAACCAGCCCGUAAAUCGUAUGCCAUUGAAAUCCCGUGUAGGACACUCGAUGGUUAUGGAUACAAUGCAUCAGAAACUGUUUAUAUUUGCUGGACAGCGUUUGAAAGAGCAUCUGUCGGACCUACAUACGUACUCAAUUGAACACGAUCGAGUUACUCAAAUUACACAGGACUAUUCAAAAGACUCUGGCCCUGAACCAGGAUUCAUGCAAAGAGCAACAGUUGACGUAAACAGACAGGAAAUAUAUGUCCUUUCGGGGUCAGUUUCUAGCCAGAGCAAUAGUGCCGUUGAGAGCAAACUCUGGGUCUACAAUAUGCGAGCCAAUCAAUGGAAAAAAGUGUACCAAAGCGAGACAUCGGAUAUUGUCGAGACAUGGAAUAAAAAGUUGGUCAUUGAACCAUCACCGCGGUUUGCCCACCAGUUUGUCUACGAUAAUACAACCAAGGUACAUUAUCUAUUUGGUGGAAAUCCAGGUGGACCUGAAGGCUCCACAGAGCGUCUUGGAGAUUUUUGGGAAUUAAGGUUAACAAAGAUAGGACCCGAAGAUGUAUUCCGAAGAUGUGUAUUUAUGACUAGAGUACACAAACUACAGGAGCUCUGUAAUGUUGCAUCAGAUCAACACAACCAGAAUAACAAACAUCCGAACACUAAUGCGAGUAUUAACAAUGAAACUUGUAAUGACACAUUGUAUGCUUUGGACUAUCUUCGUACCCAUGUCCAGCCGCUUGUAAACCAUGGAGAUAAAGAAGAAGUUCGGCUAUUCCGAGAGCUGUGCACAAAGUUGCUUUUUGCAGAAAAAAUCUUGCCAGGAGAACGAGAGUCCAACGAAGAACUCCAUGAAAACCAUUUUUCAGAUGAUCUUUACAGUAGUCGGUCGCAAUUAUUUGCAAACUUACUCGAGUAUUUUCCGUGCCGGAUGAAAGAGCCUCUAGGAAACUUGGCGAGUUUAUCAGGGUUUGGGUGGAAAUAG